UCACACACAGGUGGUUUUGGGCGGGGUUGCAGAUUGAAGAAAAGAGGAGGACGGUGAAGUUCUGUGUGAGUUUAUGUUCAGCUGCUGUGAAGAUGCUGUUUCUGCUGCUGCUGCUGCUGCCGGGGGGCGCUCAGACUCAGCGCGUGGUGGGAAAGAAGGAAGGCGGCUCAUGCCAGUGUGAGGUGAACUCCACCUGGUGGAUGUUUCCUGCCGGGAAGUACGAGGCGGUGGAGCAGCAGGUCCAGACCUGCGAGGCCAAUGUGAUGAACCUGCUGGCACAGGUGAUGGUCUCCAGCGAGAGUCUUCCUGACAUCCAGGCCCAGUUGAACAACGCGACGGCCCGCCUACAGCCGUUCCAGUACCUGAGCCAGCGGGGCCUGUACACAGCGCUGUCCCUGCGCCAGCUGGGCCAGGAGCUCAGCCAACUGGAGGCUGACAUUGGAGUCAUCCACAGGGAGCAGAACUCCCCCCAGACCCAAAAACUCUCUAAAGAGGUGGAAAAACUGCAAAAAGAUGUGAGUCGGAUUCAGUCGACAGAAAUUGUUAACAUGAAGUCUGUCAAGGAGAAGGUGCGUAACCUGAAGAACAAUGUCCAGUCCUGCAGAACAAUCCCCAAAGACUUCACAGGUCAGAGCAGGAACUGCAAGAAGGGCCUGAUGAAGGGCAUCAGUGAGCCAGUCACCACAAAGAUCAGCCCCUUUGGAAAGAGCUACAUCUCUGGUUCCUGGGGCAAACAGGCAAAAAUGGACGGUGACGAACAAAAGAAUAGUUACUGGGUUCAGCCUCUGGUCAGCAGCCACAUUUAUGGGAACACGCUACGCAUCUACCAGAACUUUGAGGACUUCAUGUCGUCCUCCAGAUACAGAGACUUCACCUUUGCUCCAUCCCACACCCAUACCAACUCCAUAGAGGGCCCCAGUGCUGUACUGUACGGUGAGGCUCUGUACUAUCACUGCUACCGCUCUGCAGAGGUCUGCCGCUAUGACCUGAAUACCAACGCCAUCAAACGGGCCAAACUUCCAGGCACUGCAGAGGAAUACAACAACAAGUUUCCCUACUGCUACUAUGACUGCCGCAGCCACAGCGAUGUGGACGUGGAGGCAGAUGAAACUGGACUGUGGGCCAUAUACGCCACCAUGGGUAACCAUGGCAACCUGGUGGUGAGCAGGUUGAUUUGGGACGAGGACGCUGCGGUGCUCAACGUGUCACAGACAUGGGAGACGAGGCUGUUCAAGAAGGCAGUUAGCAAUGCUUUCAUGGCCUGCGGCGUGCUCUACGCCUCUCGUUACGUGAAUGAAGACCAAGAGGAAGUCUUCUAUGCCUUUGACACCGCCACAGGGAAAGAGGACAACACCCUGGCCCUGCCACUGCAGAAGGUAGCCAAAGGCAUGGCCAGCCUGAGCUACAACCCAACCAACAAGCAGAUCUACAUGUACAGCGACGGAUACCUGCUGGCCUAUCAGGCGCUCUUCUGACCGCGGGCUUACAUAAACUCAACUCUUGACUUUGUUCAUGAUCCUGUUGGGGGGAAAUCAUCUUUGUGUUGAGUCAAAUCAGUAACAGUUUUAGUGAAUGGUGUCAUUUGUAUUCAUUCUUUAAUUCUUUUAAAAAGUACAUUAAACACAUUGGUUUGUAAAUACAU